AUGGCUGAUAUAGAAGAGAAAAAGGAUGAGAACGUUGCAAUUAUGGAGCGUAAGAGAGCUCCCAAUAGAUUCUAUGUAGAGGAUGCUAUUAAUGAUGACAAUUCAGUUGUCACUCUGCAUCCAGAUGCCAUGACCACACUGCAGUUGUUCAGAGGUGACACCUUGCUCGUCAAGGGAAAGAAGAGAAAGGAUACUGUUUGUAUAGUGUUGAUGGACGCUUCGGUCGAUCCAUCAAAGAUCAGAAUGAACAAGGUCAUCAGAAACAACCUCAAGGUCCGUCUCGGCGACAUGGUCUCUGUGCACCAAUGCACUGACAUUAAGUACGGCAAGCGCAUCCACGUGCUGCCCAUCGACGACACAAUCGAGGGCCUCAGCGGCAACCUCUUUGACCUCUACUUGAAGCCCUACUUCCUCGAGGCCUACCGUCCAGUGCGCAAGGGAGACCUGUUCCUUGUGCGCGGUGGCAUGCGUGCCGUCGAGUUCAAGGUGGUCGAGUGUGACCCAGGCGAGUUCUGUAUCGUCGCCCCAGAGACCGUCAUUCACUGCGAAGGUGAUCCCAUCAAGCGUGAGGACGAGGACCGUCUCGACGAGGUCGGAUAUGAUGACAUUGGAGGUGUGCGCAAGCAAUUGGGCCAGAUCCGUGAGCUCGUUGAGUUGCCUCUGCGUCACCCACAGCUGUUCAAGAACAUUGGUGUCAAGCCACCAAAGGGUAUCCUCUUGUACGGACCACCAGGCUGUGGUAAGACCAUGAUUGCCCGUGCCGUCGCCAACGAGACCGGUGCCUUCUUCUUCCUCAUCAACGGACCAGAGAUUAUGUCCAAGCUGGCAGGAGAGUCCGAGUCCAACCUGAGGAAGGCCUUUGAGGAGGCCGAGAAGAACGCCCCAGCCAUCAUCUUUAUCGAUGAGAUCGAUUCGAUCGCACCAAAGAGAGAGAAGACUCAGGGUGAGGUGGAGCGUCGUAUCGUCUCACAGCUGCUCACACUGAUGGAUGGUCUCAAGUCACGUGCCCACGUCAUCGUCAUUGGUGCCACCAACCGUCCAAACUCCAUCGACCCAGCCCUCAGACGUUUCGGUCGUUUCGACCGUGAGAUUGACAUCUCUAUCCCCGACGCCACUGGCCGUCUCGAGAUUCUCCGUAUCCACACAAAGAACAUGAAGCUCGACGAGUCUGUCGACCUCGAGUCCAUUGGAAAUGAGACUCACGGAUACGUCGGUGCCGAUCUUGCCGCCCUGUGUACCGAGGGUGCCCUUCAAUGUAUCCGUGAGAAGAUGGACGUCAUCGAUCUUGAGGACGACACCAUCUCUGCCGAGAUCCUCGAGUCCAUGUCCGUCACCCAAGACCACUUCAGAACCGCCAUGGCCACAUCCAACCCAUCGGCCCUCCGUGAGACCGUCGUCGAGGUGCCAACAACCACCUGGGAGGACAUUGGAGGUCUUGAGGGAGUCAAGAGAGAGCUCAAGGAGACCGUCCAAUACCCAGUGGAGCACCCAGAGAAGUUCAGAAAGUUCGGAAUGCAGCCAUCCAAGGGUGUGCUCUUCUACGGCCCACCAGGUUGUGGUAAGACUCUGCUGGCCAAGGCCAUCGCCAACGAGUGCCAGGCCAACUUCAUUUCGAUCAAGGGUCCAGAGCUGUUGACCAUGUGGUUCGGAGAGUCCGAGGCCAACGUUCGUGAGCUCUUUGACAAGGCCAGACAGGCUGCACCAUGUGUCCUCUUCUUUGAUGAGCUCGACUCUAUCGCUCGUGCUAGAGGCAGCAGCAGUGGAGACGCCGGUGGUGCUGGCGACCGUGUCAUCAAUCAGAUUCUCACAGAGAUGGACGGUAUGGGCUCAAAGAAGAACGUCUUUAUCAUUGGUGCCACCAAUCGUCCAGACAUCAUUGAUCCAGCCAUCCUGCGUCCAGGUCGUCUCGACCAGCUGAUCUACAUCCCCCUGCCAGACUUGCCCUCGCGUGUUGCUAUCUUGAAGGCCUGUCUGCACAAGUCACCCGUCAGCAAGGACGUCGAUCUGGAGUUCAUGGCUCAGAAGACCCACGGCUUCUCUGGUGCCGAUCUGACUGAGAUCUGUCAGAGAGCAUGCAAGCUCGCCAUUCGUGAGUCGAUCGAGCGCGACAUUGAGGCCACCCAGCGCCGCCAGGAGGCUGGUGACACAAUGGAGGAGGACGCCGUCGACCCAGUGCCCGAGAUCACCCGUGACCACUUUGAGGAGGCCAUGAAGUAUGCCAGACGUUCAGUUUCAGAUAACGAUAUUAGAAAGUACGAGAUGUUUGCUCAGACUUUGGUUCAGUCGCGUGGACUGGGCAACAACUUCAAGUUCCCAGAUGCCAACAAUGCCAACCCCGCUGCCGGCAACAACAAUGAGGAAGGUGAUGACUUGUUUAGAUAA